AUGAGUUAUAGUACAAUACAAGAAAAUCAUGAUUUUAGAAAUCUUUUACCCUUAUCAUUUGGGAAAAGGGAGUGUUCUGGGGAUUUAAAAGAAGCAUUUAAAAAAACUAAACGGAAAGAUGCAUGUAUCCAAGAAACAAAUAACAAAGAACACCCUAAAACAAAAAAGUCAGAGAACUUAAGUGAUUCAGAAACAGAUUACAGUGAAGAUGACGAUAUACCCGUUUCACAUGAGAUUGUUCUUAAAGAUCAUACUAAAGCUAUUUCAGCUUUAUCACUAGAUCCAAGUGGAGCACGAAUUGUUUCAGGGUCUUAUGAUUCAAAUAUUAAAAUGUGGGAUUUUUCAGGCAUGUCUACUAGAUGUAAUCCAUUUCGAACAUUAGAAAUUGUUGAAUCUCAACAUGUUCACCAUCUAGAGUGGAAUACUGUAGGCGACACACUUCUUUAUGUUUCAGCAAAUAGUCAAGCAAAAAUACUUGAUAGAGAAGGAGAAGAAAUCUCAGAAUGUGUUAAGGGUGAUCCAUAUCUUCGGGAUCUAAAAAAUACAUCAGGUCAUAUUUCAGAGCUAACAGGAGGAUCUUGGAAUCCGGUCUCUCGAGAACGCUUUAUGACGUCAUCAAUAGACUCUACUGUAAGAUUGUGGAAUGUAAAUCAAACAAGAAAAAAUGAACAUAUUAUUGUUCACAAGUCGAAAGUGUCUGGAAAAAAAAUAAAAGUCUGUUCAUCCGCAUACUCUCAUGAUGCUAGUUUUAUUGCUACUGCGGAUAGUGAUGGCGCUUUAUCUUUAUGGGCAGGAAAAGGUCCUUUUCAUAGACCAAUGGGAGGAACAGUUCUUCAUGCACAUGAAAAAGAAACUCAUACAUCAUGUAUUAACUUCUUACCCACUGGAAAUUUAAUGGUUACACGUGGUGGAGAUCAUACUGUCAAACCAGUAUGGGAUGUGCGAAAAUUUAAAGAACCUCUCGUUAUUAAAGACCAGAUCCAAAGUCAUUAUCCAGAAACGAAUAUCGUAUUUUCACCAGAUGGACAAUAUAUACUUACUGGAACAUCUAUUAUUACAGAUACAGGAAAUACAGGAAAAUUAGUUGUACUAAAGACACAUAAUCUGGAAAUAGUAAAAGAACUAUCUAUUGAAAAUUCUGCUGUAAUUAGAGUUCUCUGGCAUACAAAAAUCAAUCAAAUUCUUGCAGGAACAGCAGAUGCAGCUAUACACGUUUUAUAUUCCCCGAAAUCAUCAAUCAAAGGUGCUAAACAAGUUUUAACAAAAGCACCUAAAGUUCGGCAUAUUGAUGAUGAUUCAUCAUUAACCAUCGACAUUUACGCAGGCGCAGUUUCAGGAAGUAUUAUUCUUCCAAACGGAAAAUUAGACGAGACAGCAGAUACAGAACUUACAAAUGCCCGAAGAGAAAGGAUAAUGAUUAGAAAAGAUCCUAUUCGAAGCAGAAUACCUUCUGCUCCUGCUAGAAAUGCACCUGGAGGACGCAGCAACAAUCCAGACGAAAAUCAUGUUAGAAAUUCCAUUUCUUUAAUCAGCAUGCGUGAUGAAGACCCUCGGGAGGCAUUAUUGAAAUAUGCAGAAUUAGCAGAAAAGGAUCCAAUGUUUACUGGUAUUUAUAAAGAAAACCAGCCCACGCCUAUCUUUGCCGAUCAUACGGAAGAUACAACGGAGCCAGUCAAACAUACAAAAAAAAAUACAUUAAAACCCCUGUCCUAA